UCGAGAGCAAACACAAUCGAACACAGCGGUUACGACAGCAAAGGUGUGCGCGGAGCCACAGGUAAAGCCAGCCAGACAACGAGACAGCAGCCAACUCUUCACUGCUGAGAGUGUUAAGGCAUACAGUGGACUCGCGGGGCGCAAAAGCCAACAAAUGGCAACGCGCCUAGACUUGUUGAAGCCGGUCUUUUCGUGCGGUCUGUAGCAGCUGAAGCAAGGUAUGUUUCGUGUUAAGAAAGUGCCGCGCCGGGAGAGUGUUUCAGCGUACGAUCGAUCUUACCAAUGCAGUGCUCAGCGGUUUGAGCGUUUACUCGGAAUUCAGUUACUUUUUAACGUUGAACUUAAGCGCAACUUGAUUUUCGGAACGCGUAGCCGCGAAUUUAAUUUUAAAUUUAGAUCUAAUAGAAUGCGCGAGCGCGGGUACGAGAGUGCAAUCCAGCGCAAAGCAAACACAUAUAUAGUGCAUAUAGUACAAAAAUCUUGAAAGAGACGUGUUUGAGGCGGAAAAAUGCUUAACAAGAUCCGUGUGCAAACGCUUAAGCAUAAAAGUAAUUGUUAUGAUGUGAGAAAUCCAAUAAGAAAAUAAAUAAUAAGUGAAAAAAUUGUGUUUCAAAGCUCAUAAGCAAAGAUAAAUAUUUUAAAAUGUAAAUAAAAACUAGAAAAAGUGCAAAAUAUAUCAAUAAGUGUCAAUAAUAUAAUUAUUUUUCAUAACAACUAAACUAAAUUUGUGCUAAGUUAAUUUUUUUAUUUACACAACACUUCCAUGUGUCAAAUUAACAUUUAUUGCUAUUAUUUCAUGUGCUAAAUCGCCUGUGUAGUCUUCCUCAACUGGCUGAGUCGCUAAAUUUGGUCAUCUGUUAUGGUAAUUGCGACUCAAAACCGCUGGCUGACAUUUGCGAAUUUGUGCAAUAAAUGAAAAACGUGCUAAUUACACGAUUCGAAGUGAGUUCAAACGCAAAUUCGUCAGCAAUGCUUUAUAUAAAUAAGUGAAAGGCCUCAAAAGGUUUGCAAAAUAACAAUUCAAAUUUCAAAAUAACAGUACUAAAUUACCCUUUUCCAUUCAUAACCCAAAUUUUUAAAAACUUCACAUAAUUUUAAAAAAUAACAGUAUUUCACUAACCGGCUCAACUAAGCAUAAGUAACUAAAUUUCAACUAUAACAAAAUCACCUGCACCGUGAAAAUCUCAAAAAAGUGAUUUCAAAACAUCACAUCAACUUCAGCAACAUUCAGCAUUGCAAUAAAACUCUAACACUUCAUAUUCCAUCAAAAAACACUUCUAUCAUUUUGGAAGCAUUUUUAUGUGGAUUUACGAAACGGAUAUCCAAAUGAGAUUUCAUUUUAGCGAUUAACGGAUAUUUUUUACGUUAUCUUCAAGCGAUAAUGUCAAAUAAAUAUCAUUUUCGCUUAUCGAAAAUUUAUUAACUUCUGUACGAAUGCUGAACUUGGUGCUGUAUGUAAAGCAAUUAGACAUACAUAUAUACAAACUCUUACUACAUAGAGAAACCGAAUAAUAAUAAACAAAAGAGAAAUAGCUAGGAUUGUUUUGCGCCGUGGAAGUAGAUCGCCGCUUGCCAUUUUAAUCGAAGCGAACGUGUUAAAGCAUCAAGACGGAAUUCAGGCAACAAAAAUUCCACGCGAAAUACAUACAAACACACAUAAACACAAACAAAAAGUAAAUUGAUUGUUAAUUGCAGUGUGUGCCGUUAGAAAGACGAAGAACGUCUGAAUUGCGAUUUUAUUGCGGAAAGUCACUGCAAGAGAAGCAAAAACGCAUUUACGCCAAGCAUUUUCGCCCAACGCUUGGAGGUUGAUUGCAUAAGCAGCGAAAUUGCAACGAUAACGGCAUGCGCUCGCUGCAGCUGACGUCAAAAGCAGAUAACAGAGACAAUAGAUUUGUGAGCUGAAAAAAAGGAUUUACAUUUAAGCUCAAGGAAUAAUUAAAGCAGCGAACCAGUGGGAGAGGAAGAUUUCCAAAUCUAAUAAAAAUUAUUUCGGUUAUAAGAAAAUCUACACACAAAAAAACAUGGAGCAUUUGGAUUUAGCUGGUGUGAUUAACACACCAGCAUUAUGGAAUAUGUCGGCAUUCGAUCAACAAGAUGCCAUAUACUUGUCCAGUUCGAGACAGAUGCUGGAGCCAAUACUCGAAGAGACGUCGGAGGAUGAGGAGCACGCGCAAAACAGCUGGAACCAGUACGAGCAGAGCAGAGAACACUUUUGGAGUUCAACGGAAUCGGAGACCGGCUCUGUCAUACGAGUCGAAGUUAACAAAGAUCCCGAUUCGAUCUCAGAGCGCGAUUUCGCCUGUCCUGCCAAACGUGCGCGACGCUGUGAUGACUUUAUAAUCGGCGGCCAGCUGAGUUUAGCUGCGCAAACAGCCAACACACAACCACAAAGCCAAGCACAGUCUGUGUCGGGCAGUUACGAUGACACUGUGCUCUUGCGUCGCACCCAACGUCCGUUUGAUAACAAUGAAGCGAACAGUAACAGCUUGGAGCGCUUUCUCGCCUAUGAAGCUUGCACACGUGACAGCUGGGGUCAGCCGAUGCAGCCGGUGGUACCGCAACGUAACAGCACCGGUAGUCGUCGUUUCGACGAAUAUUCUGAUUCGGAUAGCAUAUCGUAUCACUCGCUUAGUCGCUCCUCCUCGCUGAUACAGUUUGAGUCAUUGGAACGACAACUACAACUGCAGGAGCAGCAUGCAAGCAUGUCCAGUUUGGGCAACUCCUCGCCAUCGCUGCUCAGUUUCGAUGGCGCACGCAGCAACAGCGCCUUGAAUGUCGAAGACGGCGUGCGUAGUGGGGCCAACAGUGGCAGCAAUUCGGGCAAUAAUAGUCGACGUGGUUCGCAGAUCUCGCUGUUGAAACGUUUCGAGUCCUCCGAUGGCCGAUUACAUCAAACCUACUUCGAUUUGGAUAAGUUGAAUUUCGAUGACGAUCAGCGUGUGCUAUUCGGUGCGAGUAAGGCAAAUUUGAUGGAAGCGACGGUGGGUGAAGUAAAAUCUGACUCAGAGUCAUCUACCAGCUCGAGCAGUUCGUCAGGCAAUAGCAUUUUAACCGCAUCCAAGCCCUCGGCGGAAGAUUUGACAGAUUCGAGUAGCACGGCGGGCACGCGUAAUGGCCGCAUCAUGGCAUUCCAGCGUGCCGGUAAAAGUUCGGCGGAGAAUCUUUCGGAAGACUCGGGCUACUGUGAACCGUCGACGCUGCGACGCACCAAAUCGAAAAGUAUACCAAAGAAUUUCGAGAAAUUCUGCGAGGAAGAGGAGGAGUUCCAGCAGUACGACUACACCGUGGAAAGGCAUACCGUCGAGGCCAUUGACAGUGUGACAAAAACAGUACAUCUACAAGAGCAAACACAACAACCACAUUCCAAAAACGUCCCCAACCACAAUCACAACAUAAACACCGAUGUCGCGUCCACAAACCAUUACGUCGUAGGGCAUGAUCUAUGUCAGCCAAAAAUAAAUGACGCCACAUUCAUCGUAACAACGGACGACGAAACGUCAUUCAGUGCGUCAACCACACCACCGCCACUACCCAGAACAUCACCACAAACACCAGCGCUCAACGGUGGGGAAGGCGAACAGGACGAAUGUGAUGUGGAGCGCAAUUCAGAUACAGAAGAAGCUAUCAGCUCGCGCUAUGUAUCGCAUGUAUCGGCGUGUCCAACAUAUGAGCGUGUUAAAAAUAGCCCAACGCGAGAGGCGACCGCUGCCGCUUUGUUGCUCGAACAGCGACGCUCGUUGGCGCACUCUCCUUCGCCUGUGGCGUCUGAUGUCUCGUCGUCGUCCGCGGCGUCGGCGUCAUCAGGCAGCAGUUGCGGCACCGCGCGAUCCAACACCUCAGCAUCCACAUGCGCAUCGGCCGCUUCGUUCACAUGGCUACCAACACCGAGGCAAUUGCAACAGCAACAACAACAACUACAAUUACAAUUAGAACGAACGCAGCGUGAAUCGCCAGCAUCCGCUAAGUUAGAGCUAUUAGCGGCGCAAAAGCGUUCGACUCUCGAGAAUUUUUGUGCGAGUCUACGAAACAGUUUGCCAGAUAUACGCGACGCGUUAAGUCCUAUAACCUGCGAUACAGUUAUCGAAACAUAUUUUCCCGUUUUGUCGGAGAAACGCAACGGAAGCGACGCGAACGACGCACACGAUACCAACGGCUACAGUCUGGAGCAUGCACGGAGCGAAACGAAGACGUCAGAACAUGAACUUAUAGACAUCGAACGGUCGGACGGUGGCGCAAAUAUAGCAACAUACAAUUUAGACGAUUCGGACUUUAGUACGACAUCGACAUCGGCAUCGGGCUCAGCAUCGGCGCGUGAAAGUCACAGUGACGAAACGGACAACGAGUCCACGCCAGAGGCUAGAAAACGACAACGUGUCUACAACAACACUGGCGGCGGUAGUGGUGGAUGUAUUGGUGCAACCGAAAGUAGUGUUAUUGGUGGUUUUGGUGGUUACGUCAGUGGCGGACGGCGCAUAUCGAGUGUGCCAAGCGAACUGAAUAAAUUGGGGCGUAGAAAACGUGUUAAUACACGUUAUAGACAGAGCAAAUCAUCGCCUGAAGAGGAAGCCACAAGUGAAACUAGUCCCAGUAAUUCGAGUGUGGACGAAGCCGAAUACGAGGAUUUCUUCGACACCGCGACCUCGUACCGAAUACGGCGUACUUGCAGUUGGUCCGAACGGCGUGAACGCAAUCUACAACGUUUCGAGGCGGCGUUCGGUUAUAGAACGCAACGUGAAGGUCACCGUCAUUGGACCAGUCAAUCGCUAGGUUAUAUGAACGCUAGCUAUCAGGACCUGACGCAACUUGACUAUUCAGGUAAACAGUUGGAGGCGGAUAAACAGCGCAUUAGUGCACAGACUAAUUUGAAACGUUGCUGCGACUACUUAACAAGUGAGGGCGAAGGCGAACGCGACUUGGACAACGAAAACAUGGACACGCCCAAAAGCACGGCCAGUGCUGAUUAUGAACAUAUAAUUUGCAAAGGCAAUUUCUUGCUGGAUGAACUGUCACAAAUAUACGAUCGCAACGUUUCGAUUCUCAAUGAUAAACCGAUUGACACCGACGAGCAUUUACUCUUGCCCACACCCGAAGACAUGCUGGAACGUCCGAGCUGCAGCCCGCGUCCACCGCCUCGUCAGCGCAAACACUCCAACUCGAGUUAUUCAGAUAUGGACAAUGUUGGCGGUAGUGUGGGUUGCACCGACGAGCAAGUGGCCGUGGCGCAGCAUGUGCAAUUGACCAUACGAAUGCCGCCCGCACGUCAGAAGCACGCACGUAAAUCCGAGGCCACACACAGUUUAAUUAGCGACGCGCCAUUAUUUUCGAGUGAUACGUCAACUACAAAUACAUCAAGUGUGGCCUGCGGCAAGACCUUCGAUCAGGAUCCCACCAAUUUGCACACCAGCUAUACGCAGAGUUUGGAGAAAUGCAACUUUGAUCCGAAAGAGUUAAGCAACAGUGAGUUGAAUAAAUCGAAUUCGAUACCGAAGCGUCGCUUCCACUCGCAAGCGAAUGCGGCGAAACAGCGCAAUAUGGUAUCUAGCACGCCGAACCUAAACGCCUACGAUCCGCACGCGAACGAUGUGGAGGACGACAUGUACGUAUCGAGCGCACACACUUCAAUGCAUCAGCUGCCGCUGACCGCCACACAGAAGCCGUUGGGUAUACUGCUGCCCGCGGGCUCGCGCACCUCUUUCAGCAAGGAAGUCAGCUUCUGUCCGGUGGUCUCACAAUACUCCUGGCAAGAGCAAUCCUCUGAAGAAUAUGGUGAACAACACCAUCAGUUGGAUAGUCAGCAUACGGAGGGGGCUGAGAAGCAAGAUGAUACAGACGAUGAACUGCUGGACAAUGCAGAUGCCACGGUAAUACAAAAUACACGCGUUAAUGAAAUGAUUGCGGCGCGCUAUGCCGCAGAAUUGAAGAGCGCGCUCGCCGCAGGCAAUGCAACAAAGAGUGUCGCCCAAAUAAGAGCGGUGCCUAUUGAAAAAGUAAGAGCAAUGAUUAUUGUAAGAGAGCGAGAAGAGGCCGAAGAGCAAGAGAGAGAACGCGCGCGUUUCCAAGAGCGUCCAAUAGGCUUGGAAGAGCGUGACGCUCAAGAGCAGGUAGAGAACAGCAGUGGCGUGGAAAAAACAUCGCACAAAGCCACUGAUGAGACAAAGGGAGAAGCAUUAAAACUCGACUCAAAUGACGACGCCGCUGUUAAUAAUGCUGACUACAGUGAAACGAUGAACGCUGGAACAGCGCAAGCGAAUGUUAGUCACAAAUCGACGAUCAUUGAUGCAACAUCGAGUGUUGUGCACGCGGAACAAACGAAGGCCACAGUAAAAGCAACUAGCGAAAAUAACGUUGUUAACGACGAAAGCGACAACGACGCGCAAUCUAAUCGGAAUAGCAGUUUUAGUGGUGCAAGUGGCGGUGCGGUCAGCGUCAACGAUAACGCCAGCGAUAGUUAUAACUCGGCUGUUAGCGGUGCAGAGCAAACGCGUCCGCUCAGCAUACACCUGCCGAUACUGAGUGAGCCGCCCAUAAAUCGCGCGCAUCACAUACUCUACGCGUCGCAGCAGCUGCUCGACAAGUUCGAGCGUCGCGAAAGUGAGCAAUAUUACGGUCAAAAUAACGGGCCCAAGUGUGAAAGUGCUAUAGGGGGUGGUGUGGGCGUUGCCGAUAGGCGUGCGAAAAGUGUGGGUAAUUUGAGUGGCGCGCAAACGACACGCCACAGAAUGUCGAACGCAACGGUGGGUGUGGGUGGCCAAGGCGGCAGCGGUGCUGCGGCGGCCAACAACAACAAUGAGCUCUUAAACAAGAAAUUCAAGGAUGAAAAACAUCCAAGUUCGAAGGGUUUCCUAUCGCGUUUCGCGCAUGGCUUGCGUUUCUCACUGAGACGCAAAAACAAAAAACAAUUGCAACAACAACAACAGCAGCAGCAACAACAGCAGCAAUUGCAGGAGCAGCAAGACGGCGGCGAGCUAAACGGUGUGGACAAGUCUACAAUGCGUAAAAGUUUCGGUAAGUCAGCAACAUUGCCACAUAUAAAACAACAACAAGAAAAACAACAGCAACAAAAACAAGCGUCUGUACAACAAAUGUCGUCAACGCAAAACCACACUAAACGUGCAACCGCUCAAAGCGGCCCCGACUAUAUUUACAUACCGCUAAAAGGUCCUAUACCACCAGCAGGUACACUACCAGAACAAGAGCAGCAACAACUAACAUCACCAACAACUUCAGCGAAUGGUAGCAAUUCGGCUACUCUACCGGCCAACUUCAGCCCAGCUGAUGCAAAAAUUGACGCCAACAAUCAACAAAAGCCGGCAGCAAUAACAACAACAAACGCAAAUAAUAACAACAGCGCCACUAAUAGCAACGCGAAACCCGUCACUAUCAACUCGAACAAAGGCGGCAGUGACAAGAAUACUAUGCGCGCCAUCACAGACCGUAACGGUGAGCCGCUAGUUACCGGCAAACCGCCGAAGCCCUAUCGUUACGGCAGCAUACCGGCCACCACCUCUAGCACGACCAUAAUUACCAAGUACUUUGGCAGUGGCCGACGACAGGGCGGUGGCGGCGGUGUGCCGGCACAUGCGCACAAGGAUGGCAAUGGCAUGUCGAAUGCAGCCAACUUCAAGUCGCGUAGUCAAUUCUACACUGAUUUCCUCGAUGCCGAACGUUCGUACUACGAUGACGAUGAAAUCGAAAAACAGUUAGAUGCGGGCUUGCAAGCGAACGGUAGCGCAGUCACAGCAACGGCAACAAACGACGCGCCCGCUAAUGUGCAAAAUACGUCGGUCGUUACGGAAGUAGUGUCACAACAAACGGAAAAAAAUAAUAAUCAACGUGACGGCGAUAAUUCGAGUGAAAACGCGAGCGUCAUAACAGCAACAACAGAUCGCAAAUAUUCGGUGGAAUACGAGUCUCCCUCGGCGGCACAACAGACGGCUCAAGUUGCCUACUCCUUGCCGGGUGUUACACGCGAAACCGUUAUGUUAUUAACCGGCGCAACCGGUUCCGGCGUGUCGAAUGCCGGCGACGGUAACGGACGCAUUGGCGCGCCCACCUACACAACCAUGUCGAACGCGUAUUUGCAACAUACCAAUAACAAUAACAAAAUCGGUUUAAUCGAAACAAAUUUGGACACACACGAAACGGUCAUAUCGGGUAAGACGCGUUCGCUGGUGGACAUUGUCGGUCCACAGCAGCAUCAACAGCAGUACGUUGUUGUUGGUGGCGCCGGCGGUGGCGGUGUUGCGAAACGUUUGAACAUGAGCGCGGCUUGCGGCGGCAAUAUAGAUUUGGAAGAGGAUGAUGACGAUGUGCGCGUUUACGGUCGCGAUGUUGGUGGCAGGGGCGGUGGCGCUGUUGUCAUCAAAUCAACAACAGCUAAUGGCAGUCAGAUAGCGUCAGUGCGUCGUCCGCACAAAAGUAUGGAAUUCCUGUUGGAUAAGGAGAAUCAGAAAAAUGUUUUGCCACCCGAAAAUGAGCUGCAGAAAUCGCACGAUCACAAUCCGGCCGCCUUGAGCGAACACCAGUUGCGCGUGCAGGCUUCACUGCAGCGCCUCAACAUACCAGACUGGUUCCGACAAUACAAUCAGAAUACAUCACGCUCGCCGGAGGGUAAUACGACCGCCUACAAACCGGGCAAUUUCACACGCAAACGCACCACAGAAUCCGGCCGUUGGGCGGGACUCAACUCGAAGACCACAUCGCUCAGUUCGUUGGGCUCACAAAGGUCCGAUCGCAGCCCACUACUGCUCAGCCCCUCGGCGCAUAGUCAUCACGGCGGACAGGCGGCGCAACAGCAUGGAACCGCCGGCACUAGUGUUUAUGCCACAACAGCUGGCGGCGGUGGUGCAGGCGCAUUCUCGCGCUGGUCUACAUCGCAUUUGAAUUCGUCACAAACAUCACCGAGCGUAUCGCAACGUGGCUCCUUCACACGUGGCGGUCCCAUCAACUCCAGUUUCAUAUCGGUGGCUAGCGGACAAAGUAGUGUGAUAAGAAGUUCCUACCGGCAGCCAUAUUUGGGUUGGCGCAGUCAGGAGAAGCUGUCACAGCGCACCCCACAUGAACGCUUGGCCUCGUCGUUACUCGCGCAACAACAACGCACAUCGCCCACACAAAGAAGCGCCGGCGUCACCGCGAACGGUGAUAAUGGCAAACUGCUACCGGUCACACCGGAAAUACAGAGUUCCAUCAAGGAGGUCACUUCGGCGAUUGUGCACUAUGUGAAUGAUCAGACGCAGCAGCAACAGCAGCAACAACAACAGCGCAGCAGAUCGGCGAGUCCCAAUUCGAGAAAAUGUUGGCUUGAAUCCUCAUUUGUUGGCAUACGACCACUGGACUCACCGCAAACACCGGUCAUCGAGACAACAGCAACCACAUUUAGUAGCGCUACGAAUACUAACAACAAUACAGCAACUAACAACAGCAUCAGCAGUCAAUAUAAUAAUUAUAAUUACAAUACAAGUAAUUCAUCAUCAAAUACAUUAACGGCAAUAACAACACCAAAUAGUGUUGGUGGCAUCGGCAUCACCACAGCGAUAACAACAAAUCCACAUGUGUUACGCAUGAACGGUCUGAGUAUCGUUGGCGGUGCGCCAGAACGCUCGUUGAGCACCGCAUCGCUAGAAGAUGUCUUAGCUUCACUUUUAGGACUGCCAUCGUCGUCAGCGUCGUCCAGUGGUGGAGUGCAGGGCGUGAACGUGGGCGCUGGUGCGGGUGCAGGUAUUGGCGCUAGCGUCGGCGUCGGCGUCAACGUCAACGCGGGGCCAUCCGCCACAAGUGAUCCAUACGCUAGGUCCACGACGACAGGCGAUUCAGCUAGUCAGUCCCUGGUAACAUUCCGUCAUAUGCCGCAGCAGCAACAACCACCACAAAUUCCCCAAUCCCAGACGCAACUACAACAAUCCCAACAACAACUACUGCUAGUACAACUACAGGCCGAACAGCAACGCCUGCGUCGACGCAGUGAGGGCGAUGCACCGCAACAACAAAAACAACAACAGCUGCAGCAGCAACAACAACAACAACAAAAUGCCAAAACCAAUUCAUCAGCCAGCAACAGCAUCGGUGCAACGACGCACACCAACAUCGUCGGGCACUUCCAAGACGCCAGCGUCAAUAACCACAACCACUCGUCCGUCGUCGGCGGCAGUGGCGUUGCAAGCAGCGGUGUCAUCGGCGCCGGGAACGCCACACUGUCGACGCGCCGUGUCUCGCUCGGCGACAGUUCCGAGUCCAAUAAUAAGACCACAUCCGAGCUGCAGAUCAAGUGUCGCAACACCAAGUGCGAUCGUAGCGCCACACCCGCAGACGCCAAAAAGUAUUACAAGUCAUGCCACAAUUGUACCCAUCUAUAUUGUUCGCGUGAAUGUCGGCGCGCCCACUGGGAGAAGCACCGCAAAGCAUGUCUACACUCACGCGCGUCGAAUUUGUGCCGCCAAGUGUUAGCCACUUGUAAGGAUGAUGUCGAUUCACAACGCCAUCUCAGUUUGUUGGCACGCAAGGGCUUCCUGUCGCAGGGGCGCGGCGUUGUGCGGGUGCUCUUCCGUUCCGCCGAGGCGGCUGAGAGUUUCAUCAAGCACGGCUUUCAGUGUAUGGGCGAGGCGUCCUAUGUGCGUUGGCCCGAUCUGAUGCCCGCCGAAAUGGGUCUCGAGCUGUACUCGGAAUUGCUUAAGCUCAGCACCGAAUACAAGCCGGACUCCAAGAUGCUCAUCUACGUGGCCAUAUGUGUGGUCAGCGAAGCGCCGGGCAUGGGACAGGCGCCAGUACGCUGGGAACGCCAGCUGGUCUCGCGUUGUGCCAAACUGAAACUCUGUAAGAGCAUCCUAGCCGAAUUGGAGCAACAACAACAGGCGCUACAAUUACAACAGCAAAUGCAGCCACCGUUGACAGUGGUUGCAGUGCCAGAACCCACCACCGAGAUACUCAUACUCACAUUCAAUCCCAGUUUACGCUCGAAUAACGGUCAAGGUGAACUCAUACUCUCAAAUAUAUUGGAUAUAUUGUCACGGCGUGGUGUGCUCUUACGCAAACAUUAUCCCGAAAUUUAUCAACGUCUACAAACUUUCACCGAUGGACAAACGGAUAAAUUCAAUCCGGUAACAUUGCAUCCGCGCGACUCACAAACCGGCAAAAGUUUCGUCUGCAUCAUUAUGCCAGUACAUACGUCCGACAGUGAUGUCAUCAAGCUGCCGUCGGCAUCGGAUGGCGGCAAUCGUGUGACCACCAUCGAUGUGGGCUCACCGGCUGCAUUGGCACAACUAGAUGAUGACGAGCUGCUCACACGUUCUACAAGUUGAUUUUUAAAAAGCAACGGUCGUAUUGGUACCAAGAGACGCUCAUCGUCGACGGGCUCGACCGGUUCGACGGCGUCGGAUCUCUUAUUGAUGUCUGCAACCGCAGAUGGUGCGGCCGCCUCUUUGACGCUGGAAAGUACACGCAUGUAGAGAGUGUGACGUUUGCUUCAAGGUCGUAUCGGAUAUAGGAACGCAGCUUAUAUAGUUUUAAGACAGUUAUAUUAAUAGCUAUACAUACUGAUAUACAUAAACAUGCAUAUAGUCUUAUAAUCAAUCUCUCUUAUAGCCUGAUUAACGAACAAAAGAAGCUUCCACUCUUAGCCACAUUUAAAGGAACGCAUACCGAACUCGUAUUUAGACGCCGCACACCGCAUACAACAUAACUAUGAACUUUAUACAUACAAAGUCUCUUUACAAGUAAUCAGGAAAUCUUCCACAUUUCACUCAUAUCAUGCUAAUUUUCGGAAAUCGACUAAUAUUUAUGCAUAAACAUACAUACAAGUACAAUACCACUUCUUCAUAUUCGUAUUUAGCUAGAUAAUAUUUAUUUUAUGUGCUUUCUUAGUGUUAAAAAUCUGUAAAAUUAAGUCAAGAAGUCAUGGGUGAUUAUGAGAUAAUACACAAAUUUGAUUCAUUAGCAAGCAAAAACCAAUAAUGUAGAAUUAAGUGGAAGGGAAAUGGAAAGAAGCGUUACAAAAAUAUAAUCAAAUAACUGUUACACAUUUUUUAAGCUGGACUGAUGUAUUAAAUAUCUCCGUUUGCUCCAAAAAUUUUGAAAGUGUACACGGAUUUUCAAAAUUCUCCAAGUUUCAAAGGAAAAAGAGGCACUGCGUUAAAAAGAUUAGGUCUCGGAUUAUGCGCUUAAGAACCUUACAUAUGAGCAUUCGUCUAUGGAUACUAGAACUUACAGACCCUAUCGAUAUCACUUACUGAUAUUUCACUGAAAAACUUCGAUUCCCAGCAUUAAGUGGUCUUACGUCUAGCCUUACAUCCUAAAAAUAGAAACCAAUCGGAUACGAGAUGGUUUAACAACCCAUUUGCUCUUGCUUCGUGGCCGUUAAACCAAACCAUAACACAACCGCACAUACAACCUAUAACCUGAAUUCAUAGUACCUUCAAAAAAUCAAGUUUAAGGUCUGGGAUUGUAAAAACAAGCAUUCCCAUUGUGAUGUUUCAGAAACUCUGAGCAAAAUUUUUAAAAUGAAUUGUCAGAACACCGCUAUAGUUUCCAGUCGGAUUAACAGAGGGUUGUAUUUCCUCAAAUACCAAAGGAAAGAUGUUUAAGCCGAGUUAAGAGUUUCUUCUUCUUUUUUAGUCACUCGUAGUGUUAAGUGCUGACACCAAAAUGCUCAAUAAACUCAAGUUUGUGGUGCGAUGUGAACAUGCUAUGCAAGACGUAGAAUUCUAUGAAUUAAUUUUUUAAAUUUCAAAAUCUUAGUUUUCGAAAAACAUAGUAUUUUAUGAAUUCCUCCUUUAAAUACCAAAAAUCCCAGUUUACGAACACGAGAGAGUUCCUCCACUAAGACAAAAUUUAAUAAGGACUUGAUAUUUUUGGCGAUUAUAUACAUAUUGUAUAAUCGCCAUUAAAGUAUUUUAUUAAUACAUUUUUAAGGUUCAAUAGAUUACUUUUAUUUUAACUUACUGAAAUAUAUUGGGUAGUUUAUAAAAUUGAACCGAUUUAACGAUUACGAUUACAUAAAAGGCCGCUGUAUUAUUCGACUACAUUUGAAAGCUUUCACCUUAUAACAUUUUUCAAGUACAUGGAUAAUCCUAAUCCUACCCUUAGCAUAAACCCCGGAUCAAAUAAUAAUUUCUUCAAAAAAUAUAGUUCUUAAUGAGAAACCAAGCUAUACCAUGGCGACCUAAUUGAUUUAUUAUAAGACCACUUAAUAUAAGAUGGGAAGAAGGAAGAGUGAAGAGUGAAGGUGUAACAAGGAGUGUCAUAAUGACCCUAGAAACUUGCACUAAAUAGACACUACGUUCUAUAUGAAGAUCAUAUAGAAAUGAGAUUUUUCAGAUAUAGAAAUAAUUUUUUUUUUCAGAAAUAGAAAUCAGAUUUCUCAGAGAUAGCAAUCGGUUAUAUGCAAAUACUUUUUAUCGCGUAAGUUUUUUUUGUUAACAUGUGAGAUCUUCUAAAUAAUCAAGUGUAUGCGAAAUGUUUUACACAAAAGGGCAAACACUUAAGAGGUUAUAUCCACUUGAAAGUGUGAAAAAACCAAUUUUUUGUGAUUUUUUGAAUUUAAAAUAAUUUAAUAAAACGCGAUUCAUUUUGAAAAAUUCUGCAUUAACUUGAUCUCGUAGUCGAUCUUUUGGAAGGCGUUCGAAAAAGUUGUCUGGAGAUGAGGAAGAUUUUUCUGCUUAAAAUUACCCAAAAAACCAUAAAAAUGUAUUAUUAUUACAGCUGAAUACAAGUUAUGAACGAAAAACUAGUCAAAAGUUUUUUUUUUUUUUAAAUGGCUUGGAAAUCGAAAUUAUUAUCAAGAAAUAUACAUAUUUUUUCGAUCAUUACUUGACAAAAACCAUAUAUCUAAAAAGAUCGAGUAAAAUGCUCAAGUAUUUCUAGCUGUUUCGAAAAAAAUUUUCUCCCCGAAACGAGUAUAAAGUUUUUGAGGCCGAUUACACUGAGUUAAAAAAUUCUUACGCAUUCACUCAUAUCGCCGAAAGUCUAUAUACUUGUAAUAUCUAAGUAUUUGCCAGAUCAACUUCAAAUUGUCGGAGAGUUUUCUCAAAUAUAUGUAUGUGCUUUCGAUAUAUAUGAAAAAAUCGAUUAUUUGAAAUUCACAAGUGGAUAUAAACUCUUAAACAAGGAACAUCAUAUGGAUUUGGGCGAUUAUGGAUGCCAAAAUCAUAAAAAUAUUGAAACCAGGCGCUUCAAAAUAGUCAAAAAAUUGGAUUAAAGAAUAAAUAAUAAAAUUCGGAACAAACAUUACAGUAACAAAUUAAGAAACAAAGAUUACAAAAAAAAAAAAAUUAAAAGCAUUCAGGGGUUCGCAAACAAUAAAUUAUAAAAAAGUUCUUGAGCGUUAAAAACAUAUGUAUGUAUAUCCUGCAGCUUCCACUGAAUACGAAGUAAUGGAAAACUACCCAAAGGAUAUAGAUAACUGAGCUAGGUUGAAAAAUAGCUGAAAUUGUAAUUUAAAAAAAUUGUCAAAUCAAAACUUGAGUACUUGAAAAAAUAAAGAAAUUAAGAACGCAUUAGUGGAGACAGCAUAAGAAACGCCUUGAUGCCGCCAACAAGCGAUGAAGUCGACUAUUUAGAUGCGGUAGGAUUUCAUUAAAUGCAUUGUGUAAAAUAAGAAUAAACCGUUAAAAAGAGAGACUUAGCGAGUAAUUAAAAUAAAUUCUAACAUUUCGACGCUUAAGCAGCCGAAACUGCAGCGACCAUUGGAGGCAUAUUUCUAUGUUGCGUUGCAAUUAAAACGCCUUGCUUUAACUAAACUCAUACUCAUGCUUACCCAUUACGCCUAACUAAUGACUAAGCUGACAUUUAAACUAGUAAUUAAUUAAACGAGAAUUAACAAAAACACAAAAAACAAGUGAAAAUAAUAACAUUUAAAGUGACAUUUAGAUAUUUACGUAAUUUUAAGCAGCUAAUGGCCUUAUAUCGUGAAUUCGUUUCAGUCACACACACACACGCACUCACUAACACACACAUAUACAUGCAUAUAUACAUAUAUACAUACAUACAUUGACAUUGAACAAAAUGAAACUGUAACAAAAUUUAUUCCUAAUUAGUAAAAUUUUUUAAAAUUAUUAAAUUUAUUUACUUAAGUACAUUUUAAGCAAACAACAAAAACAAAAAUAAGAAAACAAGAACUUUUAAAGUUUAUUAAGCGUAACUAUUGUCUUUAGCACUAAUUUUGUUUUUGUGUUGUAGCUAAUAAAUAAGUGUGCUGGUUAAAUACAUAAAUAUUUUCCAAUAACAAAAAUUAAUAUUUAUUGAUGACAUUAUUAUAAUUAUAAACUAAAUUUGUAAGUAAAUUAUUUAAUAAAUUAUGCCAAAAA